AUGAAUCCUCCCAUCAUACCCAAAGUUAUUGUGUCUGGUGAUGAUGAAAGUAGUGCGACUGUUGAAAAACAAGAGGUGGAAGGUAAAGGGUGCAGAAAGAAGCGACUGGCCCAAACAUUGUUGAGUCCAUUUAUCGAUCCUUCAAGGAAGAAGAGGACGAUGAGUGUUUCUGAUGUGAAGGCAACCCUGCCAUGUUUUGAUCCAACUAAACCCCUGGCCAUUGAAGAUGUCAAGGCAGUAAUAGAGUUUUGCAUUGCCUGGAAAAAUGAUAUAAGUGCGGAGGUGCAGUUGGAAUCAUGUUCAGUAGGCUCUGAGUUUUUCUACAAACUUAUCGAUGAUACGGAAUGGAUUAGCUCAAAGCACCUUGACAUGGCGACAUUUCUCAUCCAGAAAAGGCAACUCUCUCAUCCUUUACUACUUGGAACUCACUGGACAACGACAGAUUAUUGCUUGCAGGCAGCUGCUUCAAACACCGUUGACCUUCCAGCAAGAAACCUGAAGAAUAUACAUCACUAUGUGCACGGUACGUGGCAACACGGGUAUGGGUAA